UCAAAAACCCCGCUCCGUCCACUCCUGUACUCGCCGAGUCGCUCGCCCUCGCCGCCUCCCUCGCCCUGCCCUCGACCUCGUGCCCGCGGCGGCCGCUGCUCAUCGGCUGCGAUGGCGACUGUGCCAGUCAACCCUAAACCUCUCUUGAACAACCUAACAGGGAAGCCUGUAAUUGUCAAACUUAAGUGGGGUAUGGAGUACAAAGGUUAUCUUGUUUCUGUGGACUCCUACAUGAAUCUUCAGCUUGCUAACACAGAGGAAUACAUUGAUGGCCAAUUCUCUGGCAACCUGGGAGAGAUUUUGAUCAGGUGCAACAAUGUUCUGUACCUCCGAGGUGUUCCAGAGGAUGCUCAGAUAGAGGAUGCAGAGUGAGAAGACUUGAACGAUGCUUAGAUUGAUUGAUGUAGUAUUAUUCUGACGUGUGUUUGGGUGUGCCGGGGACAACCUAUUCUGCCAAAUCCUAGCUUUGAACUUUACGAUUGAUGAAGCGUAUCCUUCUGCUUUCAGUUAGGCUAUACUGUCAUUGUGCUGAACGUUUGAAGUUUGAACUGAAAGCUAGGACUAGAGAUGAUGUUCAAACUUUCAGUUAUGAGUAUUCUGUCAUAUGAAAGCUAGGACUAGUUAUGAGAAGCAUCAGAUUUCCUGACCA